AUGUCAUUAUCACGUUCUGCUUGUCGACCGCAAAUCGACUCUACAGGAUCAACGGCCAAUGGCAACGAGUCAACGAAUGAAACGGAAGAUAUUAACCCAGUUGAGCCCAAAGCUUGCGCUGAAGAUCAGAUUGGGGAGACAAAUAAAGGCAACCCCGAACUGUAUCCAGUCGGAAAAGAGCCUGACACCAAAGAUGACGCUCCCUACUGUUCCCUUUCCGAGCGCAGAAAGAUCUCCGUGAUGCAGAUAGCAUCGUUCUCCGGCAUAAUAUCUCCAAUAUCUGCUAGUAUCUACUAUCCAGCACUUCCCACCCUUGCGAAGGACAUGAAUGUUUCUAUCUCCUUGAUCAACUUGACCAUCAUGACAUAUCUGAUAUUACAAGGAAUUUCUCCCUCUUUCACCGGGUCCUUUUCGGACGUCUAUGGACGACGGCUCGCUUACAUGUUCUGUUACACCACAUACAUCGGGGCCAAUAUUGGCCUGGCAUUACAGUCCGACUACGCAGCAUUAAUGGUCCUGCGUUGUGUCCAGGCGGCUGGUAGCAGCGGAACAAUUGCGAUCGGUAGUGCCGUAGUGGCAGAUAUAUCGACGCGAGCCGAGCGAGGCAAAUACAUCGCAUAUGCGACCAUGGGGACGACACUGGGACCAGCCCUGGGACCCGUUAUUGGAGGUCUCCUGGAUCAUUUCCUUGGCUGGAGGUGGAUUUUUUGGUUUCUUGUCAUCUUAGGUGGUUUUAACUUUGCCCUCAUUCUCGUGACAUAUCCGGAAACGUGCCGUGCUGUGGUGGGAAACGGUUCAGUCCCCCCUGCCAAAUGGAAUCGGCCUUUGUGGGCGAUGCUGAGAGAAGCACUAGGACUCCAGAGUCACGAGGUAGGAAAGAAGAUCGACUAUGAAACUCUAGAAAAGAGCAGAUCGCGCCCGAAUCCACUCACAUCUGUGCGUAUCGCUCUGGAAAAAGAGGGCGGUCUGAUUCUCAUCUACGGGGCACUGCUAUACGCUGGUUACAUGAUUAUCCUGAGCACCCUGACCUCGCAACUGGAGAGUGAGUACGGUUUCAACUCUAUCCAGGUGGGAUUGUGCUACUUGCCACUAGGAAUCGGAAGUCUGACAUCCCGUUGGUCCGCAGGACCUCUGCUGGAUUGGAAUUUCAAACGAGAAGCCAAGCGCCAAAACCUACCCAUUGUAAAGAACCGUCAACAAGACAUCCGAGACUUCAACAUUGAAAAAGCUCGACUAACUAUUACAAUGCCUUUCGUGUAUGCCGCUUGCUUGUUACUACUUGCGUACGGGUGGGUUAUGAGAUGUAAGACUCACCUGGCGGUUCCGUUGGUGUUGUUGUUCUUUUCUGGCCAUCUCACCACCGGGGCUUUUUCGACCCUUAGCACGCUGAUCGUUGAUAUUCAUCGCCAAAGUGCGGCAACCGCCGUGGCUGCUAAUAACUUAUUUCGCUGCUUGCUUGCGGCUGGUGCGACGGCUUUCGCGACACCCUUGAUCGAUCGUAUUGGCAUUGGCUGGACGACUACAUUUAUUGUAGGUGUUUGGAUUGUCUUCAGUGCGUUUCUGUGGGCAGUUUAUCUCUGGGGACAUACAUGGAGAGAAGAGUUGCGUGUUAAACGGAGUGAGGGAGAUGGUAUCCCAGCAUAG